AUGGGUCCUCGAGCCUUCGUGGACGGCUCGGACCCCAUGUGUGGAGCGCCAGAGGUGGCCGUGGGCUGUGGCUCCCGGCAGAGUGUGGUGCCUGGUGCCUGCAGAGAACGCGCUGCUCAAGCUUCCCCUUCCCCUCUUCUCUCUGCUCCCCAGGACCCCGGUUUUGCCAGCCAAGCACUUAUCAACAAGAAGCUCAACGACUAUCGGAAAGUGAGCCCGGCGGGUGCCAAGCCCGACUCCUCACCCAAGGGCUCCCGUGGGCUGGGGAUCAGAGCCGAGUUCCUGAAGCAGACGGGAACCAGUGCACCCCGGUCCCCGAGGCAGGAUGCGGCCGUCACCAAAGAUGAAAGCAGCUCCCAAAAAGCCCCUUGGGGCAUUAACAUCAUGAAGAAGAACAAGAAAUCUGCCCCUCGAGCCUUUGGUGUGAGGCUGGAGGACUGCCAGCCCGCCCCGGACAACAAGAACGUCCCCCUGAUCGUUGAAGCCUGCUGCAAGGUGGUGGAGGACCGUGGCCUGGAGUACAUGGGCAUCUACCGCGUGCCCGGGAACAACGCAGUGGUGUCCAGCCUGCAGGAGCAGCUCAACAAGGGAGCCACUGAGAUCAACCUGCAGGAUGAGCGCUGGCAGGACCUGAACGUCAUCAGCAGUCUGUUAAAAUCCUUCUUCCGAAAGCUUCCUGAGCCCCUCUUCACUGACGAUAAAUACAACGACUUCAUUGAGGCCAACCGGAUAGAGGACGCCAGCGAGAGGAUGAGGACGCUGCGGAAGCUGAUCCGGGACCUGCCAGGACACUACUAUGAGACUCUCAAGUUCCUGGUGGGUCACCUGAAGACCAUCGCGGACCACUCGGAGAAGAACAAGAUGGAACCCCGAAACCUGGCGCUGGUGUUCGGCCCCACGCUGGUGAGGACGUCUGAGGACAACAUGACAGACAUGGUGACACACAUGCCCGACCGCUACAAAAUCGUGGAGACCCUCAUCCAGCACUCAGACUGGUUCUUCAGCGACAAGGAGGACAAGGGUGAGAAGACCCCGGUGGAUGAGAAGGAGGCUCAGUCCGUGCCCAACAUUGAGUACCUGCUGCCCAACAUCGGCCGCACCGCAGCGCCCGGCGAUGCCCCAGACUCGACCCACAGCGGCUCCGCCAAACUGAAGGGCACGUGGCCGUCGCGGAAGGAGCCGUCGCCCCGCGAGCUCCCGGCCAUCCCUUUCAUCUCCGCCGUCGCCCGCAAGAGGAAGAAGUGGCGAGAGGCCGAAUGCUUCGGCAGCAGCACCGACGACGACGCGGAGCAGAGACACGCGGGGCCGGGGGCAGGAGGAGGAGGAGGGCAACGGCCGCCGCACCGGGACCCGGCCGAACCCCACGCACCGGGAAGGAGAACGCCGCGGAACCCGGCGGUACGGCAGGAACCGGCAGCGGACGCCCGUUCCAUCGUAUCGGGGUAUUCCACUCUGUCCACCAUGGAGCGCAGUCUGAGCUCCGAGGUGCAGUCGGUGGCCGAGAGCCGAGGGGAGGAGGCGGAUGAUGAGCGCAGCGAGCUGAGCCACGCGGAGACGGACACGGAGAGCCGCGCGGGGGUAUCCCCCGGACGGCCCUCCUUCAGUUCCCACCGCCUCAUCCAGUGCGAUACGUUGGCACGCAGGAAGCUGGGCAGGGCGCGGCCGGGGGGGGACGACCCGCCGCCCACCGGGGACGCCGCGCUGCCCGUCGGGGAUCUCGCCGUGCCCGCAGCAGAGGGCGCCGGGGGCGGUCGGGUCCUCCCGGUGCGGCCGUCCCUGCGGGAACAGCUCCGGCAGCGGCUGCGGGGCUCUGCGGAUGAUGCGGGGGUGCGGCUGCGGAGGACCCCCUCCCCGGAGACCCGACGGAGGAAGAGCCGUUGGAGGCGGCACACGGUGCUGGUGCUGCCCGGCGGCAUCACCGACCUCAAUUGCAACGAGUGGAAGGGGCCUCGGGGGGGGCUGCCGGUGCCCACCGGGCCGUGCCGCGAUCCGGACUCGGGGCUCAGCAGCCUGGAGUCCACCAAAGCCCGGCCCGUGGUUCCCGACCCCCCCGGCACCGGGACCCCCCCGGGCAGCCCCAGCCCCGCCACCCCCCUACGCUUCCCUCAGUGUCUGUGACCUCCUGGGGCCGCUCCCGCCCCCACCCCACCACCCCCCCCCCUUCCAGCUUAUGGGGUGUCGGGGGGGGCACAGGGUUUAAUUUAAGGACUCUCCUUUGUGCUUGUAUUUAAUUGCGCUGUUAUUUAACGCUCUCCCUACGGCCCCGCUGCAGCCCCAGGAGGGACGAAGCCACCUUGUCCCCAGCCCCAUGCCAUGGUGGGGGGCUGAGCCCAUUACCCCCCCCUCCCCCGCCCCAUCCCGGCCCCCCCAGGGGCUGCCCGGUUGCAGCCAUGCGAAGUGCGGGCGCUUCCCCGGCUGCUGCGGCCGAGGCUGUCCCUCCCCCCCCCCCCCCCCCAUCUCCCUUCCAAAAUCCCACCCCCCCAAAGGGAAGGGACAUGGGGACAUCGGUGGCCUCGCAGGGGGUGGGCAGUGGGGGAGGAGGGGGGGGGGGGGUCUCGUGGUUACGAGGUAAGAGGGUGACAGGAGGGGUGUGACGCAUCACAGCUCGCCUUUCCGACCCCCCCCUCCGUGCCACUCACCCCAUCCCCCCAGGCUCAGCGACCCCCCCCCCCGACAGAAGCACUUUAGGAAGGGGGUGAGGUGCCCCCCCCCACCACCCCGUGGGGACCCACAGCCUCUGCCGGGGUCGGGGGGUGGGUGGGAGGGGGGUAUGAUGGGGGGGGGUUAUGAUUGAUGGGGGGGGGGGGGUUAUGAUUGAUGGGGGGGGGGUAUGGGGAGGGGGUGGGACACGAACUCGAAGUCGCCGUCGCUCCGUUCUGCGUCGUCCCCCUCCGUUCUGCCGAUCGAUACCCGCUGUAAAGUUUCUCUUUUCGGGUU